AUGCAUUCAAAAGGCAACACACAAAAAAAAAACUUGUACUGUGAAAAAGUGCUUCAUUAUUUAGUAAUUUAUUGUGAACCUUCUGAACUAAUGCUCUAUUUAAUUGAACAAAUGGAACUUUCAAGUUCAGAUUAUUGCUUUUUUUCACUUUUAAAUGUAAUAAAAAUAUCUUUAUUUAGAUGUAAAAAUCCGUUAUUAGUUAUUGAUAUGUGUAUAGAUAAUGGUAAAAAUUUGCAAUUAAUAAUUUCUAAUAUUUGUAUAUUAAAACAUGGAGCUAAUACAGACUUACUUGAAAUCUCUGAUCAAAUAAUAGUAAUACUAAAUUUUAUUCUUUUUUUAAUUAUUCGUGAUAAAAAAAAUAGUUACAAUCAAGCGAUUAAUACUUUAUUAUUAAUUGAACAUAUUUUAUUCAGAAUUUAUGAUUUUAUUGAUAUUAAAUUACCAAAUAUGUAUUGA